GAGCUCAUGAAUGGAGCGCGCGCACCACGGCCUUAAAGUGCCCGGCAACCUCCUACAUACAGCAGCAGAGUGGCGCAGCGGGAGCGUGCUGGGCCCAUAACCCAGAGGUCGAUGGAUCGAAACCAUCCUCUGCUAGCUGAGUUUCUUUUUCUCCACGCGAGGUUCACUUUCCUCGUUAAGAUAUUUUAUUUGCUAAUUUAACUUCUUAACGCUUCCCUGAUGCUUGCCCAGCCUUCUCUCGCGCGGCGAGCCGGCAGCAGCGUGGGGCUACCGGUGUCACGGGUGUCACCCCACCCGCGUCCCCGGCAGCUGCGGGUGCGCCGCGGCCGGACUCUUGAGCGCGUCCCCCUGUGUAUGUCUGCAACCUCUGCCCGUGUCCCCAUCCGCGCGUGUCCCCCGAGCGCUGCCAGUGUCCCUGGCAGCCGCGCGACCCCCGGGGGUGGCACCUCCGGGGUCACCCCCCCACUGUCGUGGGGCUGCCGUGACCCCUCCGCGGGGCAGAACCUCCCACGGAGGUGAGGGGCCAGAGGUGUCCGAGCCCCCUCUGCGUCCCCCAGGGCCGCGCGAAGGCUGCGGAGCUGCGUGGGGACAGCGUGGGGUCCGUGGGUCGGGGUGUCCCCUGCACCCUUACGAGUUUCUCGGGUCUCAGCGCCCCACGCGUGACCGGACCAGCAGCGACACCUGUGUGCUGGCGACCGCCGAGAGCGGCGGGGACAGAUCCCGGCACAAGCCCACCGCCCCACGGGCGGGAAUGUCCCCACCCGCCAGCGGGCGGCCCCAUCCGCCGCCCAUCCCGGCCGGAAUGCCGUGGGGGGAGCGGGCAGGAAGGAGUUAACUCGGUGUGGAUGAUAACGGCCCUUUGUGUCACCAGUGGGGGGGGCGAGCAAGGGCUCAGCCCCGCCGCGGGGGCGGGGGGGGGAAGCCACUCUCCCUCCGUGGGCGAUGCUGGCGGUGCUGGCCCCGCUCCUGGCCCCGCUCCUGGCCCCGCUGCUGGCCCCGCUCCCGGCCGCGGGGACGGCCCCGGCCCCGCUGACCCUCGCCGUGGUGCUGCCCCGGCGCAACCUCACCUACCCGUGGGCUUGGCCGCGCGUGGGACCCGCCGUGCGCUUGGCCGCGGCCGCCGUCAAUUCCCGGCGGGAUCUGCUGCCCGGCUUCACCCUGGGCUGGGUGUUCGGCGACAGCGAGGACCGCCACGGGGUCUGCUCGGAAAUGGCCGCGCCGCUGGUGGCCGUGGACCUGCGGCUCGCCCAUCACCCCGCGGCGUUUUUGGGGCCGGGGUGCGUCUACUCGGCGGCGCCGGUGGCCCGGUUCACCAGCCACUGGCAGCUGCCGCUGGUCACGGCGGGGGCCGAGGCGCACGGCUUCGACGACAAGAGCGAGGAGUUCGGCUUGACCACCCGCGCCGGCCCCAGCCACCGCAAACUGGGCGAACUGGGCGUGCAGCUGCACCGGCGCUUCAACUGGACGCGGCGGGCGCUGCUGGUGUACUGGGACGAGCGGGUGGACGACCGGCCCUACUACUUCGCCGCCGAGGGUCUGUACGUCCAGCUGCCCACCCUGCGCAACAUCACGGUCAUGGACGUCGUGUUCCGCGACGGCGGCAACUUCUCCUUCAUCAUCCAGGAGAUCAAGGCCAAGGGGCGCAUCGUGUACGUGUGCUGCGCCCCGGACACGCUGCGGGAGCUGAUGCUGCAGGCGGAGCGCGAGGGGCUGACGGGCGGCGACUUCGCCUUCUUCUACAUCGACACCUUCGGGGCCAGCCUGCGGGGCCGCCGCUUCCCCGAGCCCCGGCGGCCCUGGCACCGCGGAGACCCGCACGACGCCCGCGCCCGCCGCGCCUUCCAGGCUGUCACCAUCAUCACCUACAAGGAGCCCGAGAACCCCGAGUACCGGCCCUUCCUGCAGCGGCUCAAGGAGGAGGCGCGGGACCACUUCAACUUCUCCAUGGAGGACGGACUGAUGAAUUUCAUCGCCGCCGCCUUCCACGACGGGGUCCUGCUCUACGCCCAGGCCCUCAACGAGACCCUGGAGCGCGGCGGCUCCGUCAGCGACGCCUCGGCCAUCACCCGCCAGAUGUGGAACCGCACCUUCUACGGUGUCACCGGCUUCCUGAAGAUCGACGAGCAGGGGGACCGGGAGAGCGACUACUCCCUGUGGGACAUGGACCCCGAGCAGGGCAACUUCCAGAUCGUGGCCAACUACAACGGCACCACCAAGAAGAUCCAGAUGGUGCCGGGCCGGGAGUUCCACUGGCCGGGGAACGCGGUCCCGCCCGAUGUCCCUCCCUGUGGCUUCGAGGGCACCGACCCCCAGUGCCGCAAAGCCUCGCUGACCACGCUGGAGGUGCUGUCGCUCGUGGUCAGCCUGAUGCUCAUGGCCAUCACCGUCACCUCCUUCUUCAUCUGCAGGAAGCUGCAGCUGGAGAAGGAGCUGGCGGCCGAGCUGUGGCGGGUGCGCUGGGAGGACGUGCAGAUGAGCAGACACUGGGUGGAUGGCGCCUUUUUCUUGCAGAAAAUGGACGCCAUUUGUGGCCACCUGCCGCUCCAGAAGAUGACCGCCGUUUGUGGCCACUCACGCCACCUGGAAUAG